UUCAUACGCACUCAGAGUAGCAGAACACCAGCCAACUCACAUCCACAUCGAUUCUUCAUCUUCUCCCUAUUUUCUCUCACCAUUUUUGCUGAUUUUUUUUCUCUAAUUCAAAUCGCACACUCGUUUUCUCCUUUUCGAUUUUCUCAAUUAGGUUAAUUUCUGUUCGAUUUGAGUGUUUUUUCAGCUAAUGUAGACGAGAUUCUCCUUUCUACAGAUAUACCCAAAUCUGCGCAUUAUCCGGGCUUUUUCAGUAAUCCACUUUUUACACAAUUCCUUCUCCUCAAUUAGGGUUUUCGUUAAUACAUAGAAAUUACUGUCGAGAAAUUCAGAAAUUCUUCAAUUUCCGUUUCUGUGGGUGUUGUUUGUGUUCAUGUGUUGUGGCGUGAAGAUUUGUUUCUGAGAGAUGAAGACGAAGCUCAGAAAACCGGUGCUUUUUUUGCUGCUGGUUACAGUUUUUGCUCCUAUUGUUCUCUACACCGACACUCUCGGACUUUAUUCCACUCCCUCUUCUUCUAGGAAUGAAUUUAUGGAAGAUGGUUCGACAUUCACAUUUGCUGGGGAAGUUAGGCCUUUAAAUGUGCUACCUCAGGAAUCAUCUACAACGCUGAAAGAACCGUUGGGUGUCGUUUAUUCAGAAAAUUCAAUCGAGGCUAGUUCUAAUAAAUCCGAAGAAAGUACUCGAAUCACUAGACAACUCACUGAAGAAUCGACAGAAGAUAAAACUACAAAUUUGUCGGGCAGUAGUGGCGGCAGCAAGGAUGAAAAUCCCAUACGACAGGUGAUCAGUACAGUUCACGAGGAUGAGGUCGGAACGGGGAAAGAAAAAUCAAAUAAACCUCAAUUGCAUGAGAAUACAGAGAUUGAGAAUCGACAGGAUGAUGUAACAUCAGAAAACGUCUCGGAGAAAAAGGAACUAAAACGUAUAAAGCACUCUUCACGAACUAGAGAAGAAGUAAAGUCUAGACAGAACGAAAGAGCAGUUCUGUCAGAUGCUCGUGUUCGCCAGCUUAAAGAUCAACUCAUUCAAGGAAGAGUCUAUCUUUCACUAUCAGCCACUCGAAAUAAUCCCCACUUUAUAAGGGAUCUUCGAUUACGUAUAAAGGAAGUCCAACGAGUACUAGGAGAGGCUACCAAGGAUUCUGAGCUGCCUAGGAAUGCUAAUGAGAAGAUGAAAGCAAUGGAGCAAACCCUAUUGAAAGGAAAACAAAUACAAGACGAUUGUGCUGCUGUGGUGAAGAAACUCAGAGCGAUGCUUCAUUUGGCUGAGGAGCAGCUCCGGGCCCACAAGAAACAGGCCUUGUUUUUGACGCACCUAACUGCGAAGACUGUGCCUAAAGGGCUUCACUGCUUUCCUUUACGGCUUUCUUCCGAAUAUUUCAUGUUGAAUUCGUCUCAAAGGGAUUUUUCGAAUAAGGAGAAUUUGGAAAAUCCGAAGUUAUAUCACUAUGCCUUGUUUUCGGAUAAUGUGUUGGCUGCUGCUGUUGUUGUGAACUCUACAAUAACUCAUGCAAAGGAUCCUUCGAAACACGUUUUCCAUGUAGUCACAGAUAGGCUCAAUUACGCAGCAAUGAAAAUGUGGUUCUUAGCAAAUCCACCUGGCAAAGCAACAAUACAAGUCCAAAAUGUCGAAGAAUUCACAUGGCUAAAUUCAAGUUACAGCCCUGUUCUCAAGCAGCUAAGUUCUCGGUCCAUGAUUGAUUACUACUUCAAAGGCAAACGUGCCGAAUCUGAUUCCAACCUAAAGUAUAGAAACCCUAAAUACCUUUCAAUUAUGAACCAUCUACGGUUUUACCUUCCGGAAAUUUUCCCAAAGCUCGAUAAAGUAUUGUUCUUGGAUGAUGAUAUUGUAGUCCAAAAGGAUCUUAGUGGCAUCUUUUCUCUCAAUUUGAAGGGGAAGGUUAUUGGAGUGGUUGAAACCUGUGGAGAAACUUUUCACCGUUUUGACCGUUACCUCAAUUUCUCGAACCCUAUUAUCUCGAAAAAUUUCGAUCCUCGAGCUUGUGGUUGGGCAUUUGGAAUGAAUAUCUUUGAUUUGGAUGAGUGGAGGAAGCAAAAUAUCACGGAGGUGUACCACAAAUGGCAGAAUCUGAAUGAGGAUAGGCUGUUGUGGAAACUGGGUACACUGCCACCUGGACUGAUAACCUUUUCGAAUCGAACCUACGCGCUCGAUAAAUCCUGGCAUGUAUUGGGGCUCGGUUAUAAUCCCAAUGUACCUUUAAAAGACAUCGAACGAGCGGCUGUCAUACAUUACAACGGGAAUUUAAAACCGUGGCUCGAAAUAGGGUUGCCGAAAUUCCGCAAUUAUUGGGCUAAAUUCGUGGAUUACGAUCACCAAUAUUUACGGGAAUGCAAUAUCACUCCGUAAAAUCUCGUCCGUGCAUCGGCUAAUUUAGGUAUAUAUUUUCGUAGCUUUCCAUUCGUUAUUUCAUAAAUUUAUUAUUAUUAUUUAUUGUCUUCAUCAUUGAUAUAUGUAGAGGUGAUGAAAUGAUAUAUAAUAUGAAUUGCAGUAUUUUUGUCUUUUUUGGUUUCUUGUGUUUUGCUCAUUUUUGUCGGCUGUGUAUAAUAAGGUAAGAAAGAGUGAAUGUUUGCUGGAUGAAUGUUAUCUGUUUGUCUCUGUCUGUAA